AGCCACCGCGUCGGUCCGAGUGGGGCCUCCAUAACGCUCCCACACUCCCGUCGUCAGACUCGCUCGGAGGAGGAGGAAGAAGAAGACUUUGGCCUAGCGGACGUUGACUUUCCCGCUGUCGUGUGUGUCUCUGCUGGCUGAUGAUGAUGAUGACUCGACUGAUGGUGGUGUCAUGAGUGCCCCUUGGACGUCGUCGUCUGAGUCUGUGUUGUUCCGUUCCCCGUGACUGGAUCGCUUUCCAUGAUCCGGAGCGGAGCGAGGGAACUUGGGAACUCCUGCUGUAGUGUUUGAUAAUAAUCGGCGCCUUGAUAGUUUCGAGUCGAACUUUUGUGUUGCGCGGGUUUGGGGGUGGGAGUGAACUUGGCGAGUGCCGUCGCGGUCCGUCUUUUUAUUUUUUUUUAUUUUUUCGUUAUUAUUAAUUUUAUUUUUAUUGUCUGUGUUUAAAAAAUGUAGAAAGUUGACAGUUUCGUUUCGUGUUUAGACGGCUUAGAUAUUUUUCCCCCCAUAGCUAUUUAAGCGGACGUCUAUUUGGUCUUUCAACUUUAGGUCAAAGUUUAGUCGGUAGUGAUGUAGCUGCAGAGAGAAAGAUUUGGGGUGCGUAUGGGUCCGAGCGAUCCCGUUGGGGUUGGCUGAACCCCCCUUGACCCACCCACCUAACAAAACUUUGUGUGGAGAGAGAGAUACCACCAGUAGGAUCCCCAAAAUUCAGAAGACCAGCAGCAUCACCGCCAGCGUCUUAUCUCGUUUCAUCUUCGUCGCCUUUUGGAUUCACGGGGGAAAAUGACCUUUGAAAAGUUCAGUGACUUGAUCGUCGUCAUCUCCUCCCGUGAUUUGAGGAUCGUCUCGGUUGUUUGACAACCAGACAAUUUGAGUUUAUGGGUGGAGCAGUCCUUGUUGAGAAUUUGACAGUGAAUGGACUAAAAAAUCAUCCCCUAAACAAAGGAUAAAACCGUGUGAAUGCCAGUGGCACGAAACAUUGUUAUUGUGUGUAACAGCAUCCUCGUGGAGGAAAUUGAGACCCACCUUUGUUCAGCUCCUACGAGAACAGAGUGCUCCUUUUUGUGUUUAGGAUCGAAGUCCCCUCAAGAUGUAGAAAGGAAGCUGCCGUGAAAUACUGGGAGGUUCGUUUUAGCUAUCGAUCCAGAUCUAUCCGGCUUGUUGUUCCUUUAAGACUAUGAAUCGGUGAGGAGACGCCAUGGACGGGGCAAAGGACAACAAACUCUUGUCCAUGCAUCGUCUCAGUCCCACGCCCUUCUCAUCAGACGAAGGCGCCGAAAGUGGGGAUGACAGUGAGGAGGACAUUGUCACGAACUAUCUGACAGGUGCCAGCGGGGCAGCCCGACCUGCCACCACCAUGGACGGCUCCAGCAAACCCCCUCCACCCUUGGCCCAUCUCCACCACCACCACCAUCACCACCACCACCAUCACCAACACAAGCCCAAAUCCCCACCACAACAACAACAACAGCAGCAGCAGCAGCAGCAGCAGCAGUCACCGAAAGACCACAAUCAGAAGCAACAAGUUGUUGUAGCGAGCGUGCACCCCGCCCACACCCACGGCGUCCACGCCUACGGGCCCACCCCUCCUCGCCGCCUCGUCCGGAUGGCGGAGAUUCCCACCAUGGACUCCAUCACCGCCGAGAGCCUCGGGAUGGGCGUCGGGAUUGGGGGGUCCUCCACCACAGAUGCCUUCAUCCCGCCCAUCCCCACCAUCAGCAUCACGCCUCAUUCGCCCAUCGCCCACAAGCCCUUCCCCGUGCUCGAUGAAAAUAUCCGGCAAUUACAGGGAAUUCAGGAAUGUAUACAACGGAUGCGGGAAGCCAACCUCGACGUAAAGAGUGGCCGCGGCCUGAACCGUCUGUCUACGUCGUGCCCUUCGUUGAACGUGGACGGCGAGGAGAUCGAGGAGGACGACUCCCCCACAUGUAAGUCUCCCACGGGGUCAGGUUCUUCCGCCCUGCCCGGCACCAGCAACACCAGCAGCCCCAAGGGCCACCACCCCUACCAGGCGAGAAGGGGUUCCGGGCGGCUGUCGUCACGCUCUGACGACGGCGAAACGACCAGUCCCAACACCCCCAAUACCCCCAACACCCCCAUCACCUCCAGCUCUCUCGACGACCACCAUCUCUGUCCAGAUACUCCCAAAAUUCGGGUCAACGAUUCGACGCCCACAGGUUCGGAAGAGUUUCUUGACGCCAGGAAAAACCGUGGAGGGAACAACGACUGCCACCGGCGGCGUUCCUGGUCCGGCCUUUCCGACGAGGAGAAGAAGAGAGCCAGGCAUAGGAGUAUCAGCUUGAGCAGUUUGGAUUCUGAUGCCGAAGAAGCCUUCUACGAUGCGGAAGACAGCACUAAUACCCAAGGUUCCGAUAGCGUUGACGGGAGCUGUCGCAGGGGCGUGGAGAAGCAGAGAUCUAUGUCGGGGUCGUCGUCGCCCGUUACCUAUGGGGGCGGCGGCUCCUCGACGCAUUCGCUCAACGACGUCCAUCUCCAGGAGAAGAGAAGUUCUGGUCCCAUAGAGAAACCCAGGUUGUUAGCACCUCGGCUGACGCUGCAGAAAUCCAUUUCGACGCCCUCGAUAUUGGCCGGCGUAGCCACUCAGCCGCCCCAGCAGCCUCCACAAUCUAAUUACCAGUACGAAGACGACGCGGAGUCUCGCAAGAGAAGAAAGCGAGGGUCAAUCUUCUUCAGGAAGAGGAAGGACAAGGACAAAUUCAAGAAGAGCUCGCACCACUUCGUGGCUGUCUGCUACAGCAACUCCGCCACGUGCGAUGUCUGCAGCAAGCCUAUGACCAACAAACCAGCUCUCAGAUGUGAAACGUGCCAAGUCUGCGUCCACGAGAACUCUUGCAAGGACCAGAUCUCAGACUGCUCCAAGCUUAAGAAUCCAAAGCACAUCCAGUUGGCUGCCGGACUCACAACACUGGUCAUUCAGAAGCCCGGGGGCACAGUGGGCUUGAGCACCAACACGAAGAGCGCUAGUUUGGGGUCCUACGCCGUUGGGGGCACGGGCGUCGCCCCGGGUGCCACGAAGUCGCAGACGGCGGCUGUCGCGCGCUCGAGGUCAGCGGCUGCUCAUUCCUCGUCGCCGACGCGCCCCACCAGUGUGUCUUCACCAAGUGGCUGUGUGUCCAGCCCCGUCCGACGGCUUUCCGGCUUCUCUCAGUGGAAGCGAGUCGCUACCAAGUUGGGAGUCAAUAAGGUGCAAAGCGAGGAGAAAGAAGGGGAACUCCUUACCCAUGACAUCCCAGAUGCCAACAUACUAGAAGUCAACUCUGCGUCUAUGGAAUCUCUAGAUGAUGGUGGAAAUGAAGAACCACCCAUAGAUUACAUAGAUGCUGAUCCUGAAUUGAAAUUAUUAGAUAAAGAACCUGAAUUGUGGGUUCACACUGUAGAUAAAGAGGUUGUGGCUGGUUUGUCAGAAAAGCAAAUAAAGAAGCAGGAGCAUAUAUAUGAGCUCAUCAUCACAGAAAAACACCACUGUCGAAUGCUUAAAGUCAUGCAAAAGGUAUUUGCAGAUGGAAUGGCUCGUGAGCUCCACAUGCAGGAGAACAGAAUUAAACGAAUAUUUCCAUGCUUAGAUGACCUAAUCAAUAUUCACUGUUCCUUUCUUUGGCGAUUACGGCAAAGACAGCGAACGGGUAAAUACAUAGACAAAAUAGGAGAUCUCCUCGUUGAACAGUUUGUUGGUGACAAUGCACAAGGAUUGAAGGAUGCUUAUGGACAGUUUUGUUCGCAGCACCAAGAUGCUGUGUCAUAUUACAAAGACAUCCUUAAGACAGACAGAAGAUUUCAAGCAUUUAUCAGACAAAAAUCUUUACAUCCUUUAAUGAAGAAGAAAGGAAUUCCAGAAUGUAUAUUAUUUGUAACACACAGGGUAACCAAAUAUCCUCUUAUUUUAGAAGCCUUAAUGAAAUAUAGUAAAGAUCAAGAAGAGGAGUUAAUUUCACUUAAGCACGCUUUAGAUUUGGUUAAGGAAAUACUUGUAAAUAUUAAUGCUCAAGUUGCAGAAAAAGAUAGGGAACAGAGAUUAUUAGAAGUCUAUCAUAAGAUAGAUGCGAAAUCCUCUGCUGUAUAUAGGGAACAGAAAUUUAAGAAGUCGGAUCUUUUGUCUAGUAGAAAGCUCAAGUUUGAAGGCUCAGCAAUGCUGACUCAACAGAAAGGGAAGCCUAUUAUGGUGCAAGUAAUUGUAUUGUCAGACCUAAUAUUCUUUUUAUUGGAAAAUAAUCAGAAGUAUUAUUUUUUCUCACCUGAUACUAAGCAAGCAGAUGUUAUACCAUUAGAAAAACUCAUAGUGCGAGAGAAGGCAGGAGAGGGCUCGCGAGCAAUCUACCUCAUAUACUCUAAAAAUGCUGCAGAAAUGUUUGAAUUAGAAUGUAUACAUCCCAAAGAUAAGAAGAUAUGGUUGGAAUCUAUAAGAGAAGCAAUAGAUCAAUGUCCAGAAGAGGAUAACACUGGAGAAGCUUCAGGAGAAAUUUCUAAAUUACUGGAAGCUAAUAGUGAGAAGAUCAGGCACAUCACUGGUAUUCUUCAGCAUAAAGACAAAGAACUUGCAAGAUUAUGUGAGGAUAAGAUGAAUCUUGUUAUAGAACUAUUAGAGCUCUUAGGCCACGAUGACUUUCCACCAACUCCUCAGUACAGAGCACUACUGGAUGAGCAUCAGCUUGAUUACAAUACUGCAAGGGACCUUCAAAUAAAUUCAUUAAAUGAGGCUCUUAGACUAGUAAGUGGUGCUUGUGGAUGGGGCACAAAUCUUGCACGGUCAGUCAGUUCAGUUGGAGAACAUCAAAGUGAUGCUUAUGUAUCGCCUAGCUUGCCUAAACGCGCCGAGACGUUCGGAGGGUUUGAUAACCCCAAUAAGGAUGCUUCAGGACAUGCCUCAAAACAAUCUGGUGGGAAAAAGAAGAAGGAUAGCCGGUUAUCCCUAACUUCAACAGGAACAACAGAUAGUGAUGUAAUGGAAAGUCUAAAGAACCGUCGCCCAAGCGGAAGUACCCUUGCAGUUCGAUCAUCUCAAGACAAUCUUAGUAUUGGGUCUACAAUGUCAGAUUCUGUCACUCAGCAACAGCAACAGGCUCUAGCAGCAAAGCUCAUAUAUUGGUUGCAAACAUCCUUAGUGUUGAGUCAGCAUCAUUUAACACAGUUUGACAUCCUCAGAACAAAGAUGGUUGUUGGUGGGUCAUCAGUUGACGGUCGUUUCCGUCACUCCCAGAAAUUAGAAGAGCUUCGAAAUAUUCAAGAGCAGAUUAGUCAUGAGAGAGCUCAGUGGAAUAAGGAGAGAGAUGCUCAAGAAAAAUGGAUAUCUGAAAAGAAGUUGGAACUCCAAAAGAAACAGGAGGAUUUACGGAUGAAUGAACAAGACAUCACUCAACAACGGGAGCUACUGUAUAGGAAAUUAGAAGCUCUUAAAGCUCAAGGUAUCAUCUUGAGUCCUACUUUAACUGUGCUUACUACUGCUCCACCUUCCCACUCUGUCCAUGAUGAACACCAUAUAGGAAAUGUAAUUGCGGGUGCUGGAGAUGGUGGGCAAUCAUCUCAGGGAUCUCCGCACAGUUCUCCACCAAGUGCUGCCCCAGCUAGGAUGCGCACAGAUCCUAAGCAUAGGAAUUCCACAGCUGGUGUUGCUAGUUUAAUUAAAAGAGAUUCAAAUCAGUCAUUACCUACACACUUAAUAUCUGCAGCUAAUCAGCAGAAAGCAGCCAUAUCAGUAAAGCAACAGUUGCCUAUGAAACUAGCUAAACUCGGAAGCAGUAGCAGUACAGGUUCUUCCUCAGGUAGUGGUGGUGGGGGAGCGUCGUCUCCCAGCCAAGAUCGUAUCGAACAUCAUCGGACACACGUAAGUCCUGGAGCUAGUGGAGUGGUACAGAUGUUACCUUUAAAACUGAGCCAAGGACCAGAUGAGAAAAAAGGGUCACGGAUGACUGUGGGGUACCAGAGAUUAGCAUCUCCUCCCCCUUCCCUUCAUGAACCACCUCCAGGUCCUUCACACCAGCGGACUGGGUCAUCUCCAGCGACCUUACAGAAUGGAUCUCCAAUAACUAGUCCUGGAGCAUCCACACCCACUGCCACCACCACCGCCCAGGGUGCUCAUGCAACCCGCACUAAUACUUAUCCCAAACUGCCGAGCAAACCUUCCGCCAUGCCGACCCCACGUGCUACCACCACACCAGAGGCAUUGCAGGAAGGUUCAGGUGUGGGAUCUGCAGCACGCCCAGGUCAUCGUAUUAAAGACCCUGUUACCAACCAGGACAUCAUAUUCUUCUAAAGAGCUUUAUUCAAGAUAGCUUUUUAAGGUUCUUUUAGGUUCAGUGAUAUGACUAUUAGGCAUUUUUUUGAUGGGCAGAAUGGUCAUAUCCCUGUCAGACGUGAUUAGCAUCUAUCCCUGUGAUUAAGGCAUUCCUUCCUUUAUACACACACCACCACUGUUACAUGCCCUUUAGUGUUUGUUAUUAUAGGUGUGAUGUUAUGCUGCGGGUCUGGAUAAUGUACAUAAAAUAUUGUAUUUGCACACUGUCUUCCUGCUACCGGUAAACUGCACUGGUGGAAGCUCGCACUCGUGUGAUAGAUGCACCCCCAUUAAAUCCUUGGCAUAUGCUGCUUACAUAAUGUAUGAGGACAGUGGAACAGUAUUCUUAUUCUAUACAGUAAUAGUUUUUAUAUAAGGUAGAAAAUGGAGCGAAUGUUGUAAAAAAAAAUAUUUGAUUGAAAUGAGUGACUAUUUUUACAUAAGCAUGAAUGUUGUGACUGAUUGCACAUUCCUGUGGCCUUUACUGCCCCAUGUAGGGAAGGGAGCAGCCUCGAGGGGAGAGAGGCUGCUCGCCCUCUUAAAUGCAUUAAUGUGCGGGCUGCCUCAGGUGGUUCAAGAACAGCUAAACUGUUCUUCUUUUAGUCAGAUUAUUUUAUCUAGUUUUUUUAUACGCAUUUUUGUAUAAUUUAAUAGAAUUUUAUUUAUAGAUAGUGUACUUAAUGAAAUCCCAUGUAGCCAGGAUGGCAGUGUGUACAUUCCAAAGAAUAAUUAUUUCCAUGUUGUGUUUGCUAUAUGUUAGCCCAGAUGGAACAUAGGGUAUCCUAAUAACUACCAUGUAUCUAGAAUCCAUAGUUUUCCUAAAGCUCAAUGUUUAUCAGUCGAACUUCCAGGCAAUGCUAGCAAAAUAACAUGAAAAUUGUGUAUAGCCAUCAUAACAGUGUUGAGACUGGGUUUAAAAUUGUGCUGAAUGUUUAGGUCAUUGUACAGUGUAAUUAUUUUGGCCAGCACAAACACUCUUGGGGGUCAUUUUUUGCCCAGUAUAUAGAUACAAUUUUGAUCUUUUGUACAGUUAUGUAUAUCAGUGAAGUAAUUGAGAGAAAUUUAUUACUGUUGAGAAUGUUCAAAUUAUGAUCCUCAUAGAAGAAAGCAUUAAGAGAUACUAUAAUCAGUCCAUAAAUGUGACAUAUCAGCAAAAAUAAACUUUCAUUUGUGAAGACUUGACAACAGCUAUUUGACUUGACGUAAUCAAGGAAAAUGGGACUUGUCAAGUAAUGUCAAUUCGAUUUUGCUAGUUUGUCACACCGUAGUACCUCGACUAGACUUGGAAGAAUAGGUAAAGGUUGCUGAAGUCUUUGUUACUUUUAUAGAGAGUUUGCCACUUUUUAAAAUACGAAUACAGAGUACAGAAUUAAUUUUACUUUAUACCGAAUCUACUUUUGGGCAUGGUAUUUAGUGUAUGGCUUAUUUGUCUUUUAAAAAAGUAAUAUGAGCCAACAGAUUUUAUCACUUUUCCAGAUCGUGUUCAUAUUUGGUCUUCCAUACCAUUACUGAUUUAGCUUCCUAGAGCAAUCAGUAUUCCCAAUUUUCAAAGCUUGAGUUGUGGAGUCUGUUACUAUGUACCAUUUCUUUUUAGUUAUGGUAUAAUCAAUCAUUUUCAGACGAGGUAAUUCUAGUCUUCAUUUUCCAUUUGCUUUCACUUAUUUAUUGGUAGAUCUAAACCCUGUCUGUUUCUGGAAAUCUUUGAUAUGAUUGAAGUAUUUUAAUUUGUUUCACAGGUAGCCAUUGAAACCUAAGUCUACCUAAGUUACACAAGGCAACUCUCAAACUAAGGUAUAGUUCAGCUUCCCAGUCUAUCAAAAAAUACAUUCCAUUUUUUGCUGGAUUUCAGAAAUAUUACAUUAGGACUAACCACUAUUCUUGUCCACUAGAAUAGCGUUCUAAGUUCCGGGGGAUAUGAAGCUUUUCUCUAUUAUACUCCUUACUCUGUUGCAGAUACUUCAUCUUUAUGUAAAUAAAGUUGUAUUUUCCUAUUGAAUCUUUACUUGCAGAUAACAAAAUUUCUGCCAAAUAGUCUCAAGAUCUGUAAAACUGGUGCUUUAACUAGUCGGUGGGAAAAAACUCAACUUUAACUUCAUAAAGUGACUAUCUGGAACCAGUCAUUGUGGGUUUAAUGUGUUAUUUCUGAUGUCCUGAGUAUUAAUUAUUAAUGCUAGGCAUUAAUAGAAUUUGGAGUCAGUUUGGCAGCAUGUGAUACAGUAAUUACCAGAGAACAUGACUCGGUAAUGACAUCCAAGAGGUUGAUCUGAUAAUAGCUUUUGCAGUUAAGCAUAAAGCAUUUUAAUACAUUUAUUUUGUGAAUAGAAGUCCAAGAAAUAAAAUGUUUAUCAUGUUA